UCAUGGAUGCUUUUCAGGGGAUUUUAAGAUUCAUCCUCAACCGGAAAACUGUUAUUGGCUACAGCUUUUUGGCCCUGCUGACUGUGGGAGGUGAGCGUCUCUUUUCACUCGUGGCUUUUAAGUGUCCCUGCAGCACUGAGAAUGUGGUGUACGGAUUGGUUUUCCUUUUUGCUCCUGCCUGGGUGUUACUGAUCCUGGGAUUCUUUCUGAACAACAGGUCAUGGAGACUCUUCACAGGCUGCUGUGUGAAUCCCAGGAAAAUCUUCCCCAGGGGCCACAGCUGCCGCUUCUUCUAUGUCCUCGGUCAGAUCACUCUGAGUUCAUUGGUGGCUCCAGUAAUGUGGCUUUCUGUGGCUUUGCUCAAUGGGACGUUUUAUGAAUGUGCCAUGAGUGGGACCAAAAAUUCCAGACUCCUGGGGCUGAUUUGCAAGGGCAAGCCCAAAGAGUGCUGGGACGAACUUCACAAGGUACCUUGCGGCAAAAUCAGCAUGACCCAUACAGACAACGAAGAACUGAAACUGUCCCUGCAAGCCCAGUCUCAGAUUCUAGGCUGGUUCCUGAUUUGUUCAGCAGCUUUCUUCUCUCUGCUCACUGCUUGUUAUGCUCGCUGCCGAUCAAAAGUUAGCUACCUUCAGCUGAGUUUUUGGAAGACGUAUGCACAAACGGAGAAGGAGUACUUGGAAAAUACGCUCCUGGACUAUGCCAAAAAGCUGAGUGAGAGGAACCUGAAAUGCUUCUUCGAAAACAAGAGGCCAGAGGUCUUCUCCAUGCCUACAUUUGCGGCCUGGGAGUCUGCUUCAGAGCUGCAUUCUUUCCACCCAAACCAGCAACAUUACAGUGUCCUCCACAGGGUGGUGGAAAAUGGUCUGGAACUUCGCCCUGAGGAUGAUGAGACUACAAUGGUGCUUGUGGAUGCUUCUCAAAAUGUGCAGCUCACCGACCAUCACUGACUCGUGGUGUCUAGACAUCUUCCUACUGCGUCAACAGCUACCCGAGCGUCUCUGCAUUUUCUCACAUUUAGUGUUUCUUUAUAAGACAAUAACGCAAAGGCAAGCAGCUUUGCAGCUCCCAGCUGCAGACAGUGUCAUGGGCUCAAACUGAUGCUGAGUGACCGGCCAAGGAUGGUGACAGAGGUGCUGUCGCAUUUGUCGGGGGUUGGGCUCAGGGGCUUCAAGUUCUAAGAUUUUAUGAUUGACAGUGAGACUCAUGCAAGAAGGUCUGCCACUCUGUGUAAAUAUGGUCAUGGCAUCCGGGGGUAGCAGUGGUGACUUGUAAGUGAGUGUGGUACUCUUAACAGACUUCUGUACAGUGGGAUCUGCAGUGUAGUUGGUAGAAAUCCUCACUCAGUAAAUCUAUCCUACUGCCUUUCAAGGAUGUGUGAAAUUCUAUCAUUUGAAAUUCAUUUCCUUGGAAUCUGAAGACACCGGUUCUCAGAAUAACACAUUAAAAGAAUAUGAUGCAUAAAAUUCAGAGCUUUUCUCAUGUUUCCACUAUGCACUGAAAGUAGACCCCUACGGUCAGGGCUGUAUUAGGAUUUUUGUGGGCUCUAGGUACUUUUGCCUUCAUGAAACCAUUUCUACAUUAAAAAAUACACAUACACACAAGCACAAAUAUACAUAUAUAUAUUUAUGACUAUUGAUAUAGACAUAUAUUAAUAUUACAUGUUAAAACUUUUUUUCAACCUUGAAGUUCAUUUAUUUCCUGUGACUUUAUAAGAAACUAAAAACACUUUUGUGGGCACUUACAGAAUGCAAAUUUUGCAUUCUAUUAUGUAAUAUAUCCACAUUAGUUUAACUAUACAGAUAUAUUAAUUCCCUCUAAAUCUCUGAGUGGGAUUGAUAUUUAAGGGAGAGGCACCAUGUUCUAUGCUGUGGCUCACAUCUUAUACCACAGAGAGUCCUUGCCUCCUAGUUGGAGAAUCCUGGGGAUGAACUCCUUAUUACUAUGGAACAUUAUCCCAAAUUGGGGAAAGGAUCCUAUAGGUAGGUAUAAGACCUGAAACAACAUAUCCUUGGGAACUUGGAGGUGCAGAGUCAGGUUGUGUGUGUGUGUGUGUGUGUGUGUGUGUGUGUGUGUAUGUGCAGGUGGGAUAGUGGGAGGUGGGGACUGUGAUGUUGCAAUGUUUGAAAUAUUGUUUGGGUUUUAAACAUGGUAUGUGAUAAAUGUUUAACAACUGGCUCUCAAAAAAAAAAACAACAACCCUAAUUUGAAGUGUUUGCCAAUUUCUAUGAUGUAAUUUCAAGUUACCAAGGUGAUGUCACUGAAAGCAGAGUUAGGAAGAGAUGCUAACUAUGGGCUCUAUGAGCCAGAACUUUCUAAGAAGUUUUUUAUAGCUAGUAUUUUUUUUUUUUGCAUUUACUUUGAUUCUAGCCAGAUCAUCUCCCGUGCAACUUUGGUGCAUCUGAGUUUCACUGUAAUAAAACCUAACCAUGGGAAAUUAAACUUGGCUCAGUGGCUCCAAUUGAGAGAUGGAGUCUCUUUCUCUUCUUGAUUCUGACCUUAAUGAACCAAUAGAAUGUAGCAGAAGUGAAUCUAGAUUGCAGAAUUGUUGCAGCUUAUGCCUUGGUCUCUGGCAAUGCUCAGCCUGGUAAAAGCCAGCCACCAUGUAAGAAGUCCAAUUACCCUGAGAGCGCCAAGCUCUGAAGAAAGCCAAGCUAGACAAAUGGAGAGCGAGAGAGAGAGGGGGAGAGAGAGAGAGAGAGAGAGAGAGAGAGAUUAAAAAGAGUUAGUUGGCUAACUCCAACUCUUUGAGUCAUUCUAUUGAUAGGUUAGGUAAAGUACCAGGCAUCUGAGUGAAGAAGUCAUUUUGGACAUUCCAGCCUCAGCAGACAAGACAUGGAGAAGAACCAGGGGACCCAACCGACAGCCAGAAAAAAGGUCCCAGGUCUAUGGUCUGAGUGAAGUCAUUCCAGCCAUCAGACUUUCGAGCCACACCAUCUGAGGCUGCAGACAUUACAAAGGGGUCCCCACUAUGUCCUGUCCAAAUCCCUGAUCCAGAAAAUCAUGAGCUUAAAAAAAUAUUUGUUGUUUUAAGCCAUCAGAUUUGGGGGCACUAAGAAGUAAGAUAGCCUGAACACUAAUAUGUGAAAAUCAGAAUUUAUUAAAAGAGAGAAAUUAGAGGCAAAUUGAAUUUAUACAUAGAUUUUUACCAAAAUUCUCCCUAUGCAUAGGUGUUUCCUUAAUAAUUUUUUCCUCUUGAUUUCAGGAAGCAGUAUAUCCUCUAUGGAAUGAUUUGAUAGAUGCUGAAUAGGUACCUCUCCAAACUAGCUCCACCAAAGCCUGAAAUUCAUUUUUAAUGAUUUUGGUUUGAAAGGAACACACUGAUGUGAGUUAAUUCAGUUUAAAAUAAAUAACUGA